AUGAAGGAAAUUGCUGCCGCAUGUGACGCCUCUAUGCCGCGGCUGAAAAAUCAGAGUUUUCACAGGCCGGCGAACUGGUGGUCAGCAGACAUAGCAGAACUUCGCAAAAUAUGCCAUCAUCUACGUCGCCGAGCAACGAGAGCUGCGAAACAAUCCCCAAGCCAGGACUUAUAUUCAAUAGAGUACAAGCAGGCCAAAAAGACGCUAAACUGA